GCACCUUGGCACUGAAAAUGGCGAAGUUCGACUUCUUCCGACAUGUGCCCGAAGACCUGAAGGUGCACACGUACUCGGGCAGCUUCUUCUCGCUGCUGUCCUUCGCCAUCAUGGGUCUGCUACUGAUCACCCAUUGGGAAGCUUAUCGCGAUCAGAGCACCAAGACUACUGUCGUAAUGGACGAGCACCAGGAGGACCGUCUGCGUGUCAACUUCAACGUUAGUCUGCUUAACGUGCCAUGCUCCGUGGCAAGCGUAGACCUUGAGGAUCACAUGGGUCAGCGCUUCACCAAUCUUACGCGUCACAUCCGCCAUUUCCGACUAGGUGCUGACCGCUCUUCCAAUGAGGUACAGCGUCUGGAUGAGGUUGUUAUAGACAACCAUGAAAAGGGAAUCCCUGUCUGGGGGGGCGUCCACCGAGACACCAAGGGCGCCAACGUUCACUACUCGACUCCGCUGACUACCAAGAACUUUGAUGACUUCAUGGCCAAGUACGAACUCGUUCUUGUGAAUUUUUACGCUCCUUGGUGUCCAUUCUGCCACCAACUCCACCCUGAGUGGGAGCGCGCAGCAGCUCAACUUCCCGAUCACCCGGAGUACAGUGAGAUGGUGCGUAUGGCCUCCGUGGACUGCACAGAUCCGGAUGCUGUGUGGCUCUGUCGUCGCGCACAUAUCCGUGCGUUCCCUUCCAUGUUGAUUUACAUGUACGGAAGCACAUCGACACGCUACAUCUACAACGGACCGCGCAAGACUGAACACCUACUACAGUUCCUAGACCUGUUCUUCCGUCGUCUGGAACCGGAUGCUGAUUUUGCUGAAGAAGUGAACGUCAAUAACGACCGUCUAGGCCUCCCGCUACCUGUUCGAGUGAGUCAAGAGAAUCUGGAGGGCAUUGACUUCAAGAAGCGCCGUCCAUCCAGCACGAUUCAGACUGGCGCUGUUGAGGGGUGCGAGAUCUCGGGAAGUAUCAGUGUCAACCGUGUCCCUGGCGUGCUUGUGUUCACUGCGCGCUCCGACGACGUGUCAUUUAACGCGCAGGCUAUCGAUGUGUCCCACGUGGUGAAUCACUUCUCCUUCGGGCAAGUGCGCCGUACCGAAAAUCUGUUAAGUGGAGACAACCACGUGCUCGCGGCGCCGUCGAACCGCUUCCCGCUGGAUAGGAAAAUCUACACCAUCGAGAAUGAAAACGUGACUGUCCAGCACUUCAUGAACGUAAGUGAAGUCUGGGGUUGA